AUGUCGCAGCGCGGUAUGAUGAAAGAUGGGUCGCUCAGCAAGUCUCCCGAGUUCAAGGAACGGGAGGCGCAGUAUGUCAACACGCAGUCCAAGGCCUUCAAGAACUGGGCCAACUACUACUUGAAGGAGCGAAACCUCCACAUCGAGAAUCUGGACAAGGAUCUCACGGACGGUGUGCUGCUGAUCAACCUCGUGGAGGUGUUGACGGGUCGGUCGGUGGGUAAAUACACGCACAAGCCCAAGCUCAAGGUGCAGAAGAUCAACAACAUCAACCUGGCCCUCGGCGCCAUUCGGUCUUCUCGCGCCACCAACAUCACCGCCUCGGCCGAAGAAAUCCACGACGGCAACUCCAAGCCGCUGCUGGGCCUCAUGUGGACGCUGGUACACGAGUUCCAGCUGCAGGCCUCGGAUGAAGAGACCGGCAAGUCCACCGGACCAUCGGACGCCCUGGGCGGCCUGAGGGAGUGGCUCGCGAAUGAGAUCGAUAGGGAACCCUACAACCUGUCCUUCAACGCAUCCACCAUCCGCAACGACUUCACCAGCUCCUUCAAGGACGGCAAGGUGUUGAGCUACCUCGUGCACCGCGCCAGGCCCGGCCUCAUCGAUCUGAACAGCGUCAACCAGGGCUCGGCAGCGGACAACCUGAAGCGCGCGAUGGCCCUGGCCGAGAAGGAGCUGAACAUCCCCGUCCUCCUCGAAGUCGAGGAUUUCCUCCAGGGCACUGAUGAGCGCAUGCUGGCCACCUAUGUCUCCUACUUCCGCAACCUGAUUCGCAACAACCGUGAGGUGGCGGAGAUCGCGUCGGCAGUGUCGCAGACGCAGGGACGGGUGGACGACAUCAGCCAGAAGCAGGAGAAGACCAACCAGGAGCUGGAGGAGAACAAGAAGAAGAUGCGGGAGCUCGAGGAGAUGGUCAGGAAGCUCAGCGCCGACGGCGGCGACAAGGACAAGCUCAAGGACAAGUACCAGAAGAAGAUCAAGGAGCUCGAGGAGGAGAUCUCCGCGCUCAAGCAGACCAACCGCGACUCGGACAGAGCCCACGCCCUCGAGCUCGAGAGCGUCAAGAACAAGAUCGAGAGCCUCAAGGACAAGCGCGACGCUGCCGCCGAGGCGGCGCAAAGGCAGAUCCGGGAUGCGGAGGACAAGGCCAGGUCCGCGCAGCAGACCCUGAUUCAGGUUGAGGAGCAGUACGCGCGGAUCAAGCGCGACAACGAAGGGGUCAAGCGGAGGCUGAGCGACGCCGACGGCGCGCUGGACAAGCAGCUCCAGGCCAGCGAGGAGCUGCUGCGCAAGCUGCAGGAGCGGGACCGCGAGGUCGAGAAGCUCACCGAGGAGAAGAAGCAACUCGAGAAGAGGGCCAAGGCCGGCUGGGACGCCAAGCAAAAGAGCGACGAGGAGUGCGCGGAAUCGAAGAAGCAUUACAAGGAGAAGAAGCAGAAGCUCAAGGCCGCCAAGGAGGCUCUGGAGAAGGACAAGCAGGAGCUCUCCAUGCAGCUGGAGAAGAUGAAGCUCUCCGGCGGCGAUGCAGCCAAGGAGCUGAAGCAGGAGAAGGCCAAGCGCAAGAUCGCCGAGACCGAUCUCGAGCGCGAGCGGUCCAGGAACGCCGAGGAGAAGGACGAGAGCCUGCGCAAGGUCCGACGCCUCGAGGACAGAGUGGCGGAGCUGGAGACGGACGUGGCGGACAAGGACAAGGAGCUGAAGCGCAAGCUGCAGGCGCUGGACAAGGGCACGGGCAUGGCGCAGAGCCUGCACAGCGAGCUCGACAAGGUCAAGGCCAAGCUGGCCGAGGCCAUCAGCGAGAAGGACGCCGCGACCGAGGCCGAGGAGAUCCAGCUGCGCGAGAACGAGAAGCUCAAGGUCGCGCUCGAUGAGGCGCGCGAGAAGCUCGAUCGCGAGAAGAAGCGCAGGAAGACGGUCGAGAUCCAGCGGUCGUCGGACAAGGACUGGGAGGCGGAGGUGGCCGCGCUGCAGGCCAAGAUCGCCCAGCUCGAGAGCGACAAGGAGGCCCAGCGCCUCAAGAUCGUCAAGAUCGAGGGCGAGCGCGACGAGCUCAAGAGCAAAAUCCAGAAGCUCGAACACGCCGCCGAGAAGAACGAAGUCACUGCAAAGGAGCUGGCGGAGGACAAGGCGAGGCUGGAGGCGGCGAACCAGGAGCUGGAGGCGCAGAGGGCCGGGAUGGUGGCGGCCACGGCCACGGUCGAGGGCGAGAAGGAGCGCCUGCGGAAGGAGAAGGAGGCGCUCGAGUCCAAGAUGAAGGAGAUCGCCGAGGCCAAGAGGGUCGAGGAGGAGCGCGUCAACGAGCUCGACAAGAAGCUCGUCGGCCUGGAGCAGAUCAACGACCGCAACAACUCGAAGAUCGCGUCGCUCGAGGCCAAGGUCAACGAGCUCGAGAAGAGCGAGGACAAGAUGAAGGAGCUGGCCGUCCAGGUCAACGUCCUCAAGGAGGAGAACACCAAGAACGACGCCACCAUCACCGAUCUCGAACAGAAGCUCAGGGCCAAGGAGGCUGCCGAUGACGAGGUGAUCCAGGACCUGGAGCGGAAGCUGCGGGAGAAGGACGCGGCGGUGGCGACGGAGGACUCGGAGCUGGCCGGCCAGGUGAGCGCGCUGCAGGCCGACAAGGACCGGCUGGCGCUCGAGGUGGCCGACAAGGACGAGCGCGUCAAGGAGCUCGAGAAGACGGCCGACGACCUGGUCAAGGAGUACGAGAAGGAGAAGCAGCGCGCCGACGACCUGGAGAAGGAGCUCGAGGGGCAGCGCGAGCACAAGGACCAGCAGGACAAGCGCAGCACGCUGCGGGCGGACAAGGACGUCAAGCGCAAGCUCAAGGAGAUGCAGGAGCAGAAGGAGGAGGUCGAGGUGAAGAACAAGGAGCUCGAGGAGAAGGUCGAGGAGCUGACGGAGGCGCAGGCGAAGGUGCGGGUCGAGGUGGACGAGGUCAAGAGCAAGCUGGACAAGGCCAAGCGCAAGAAGGCCCGCAUGAGGCUCGAGCUCGACCGCGAGCGUAUCAAGGCGCGCGAUGUGGAGCGCGAGCGCAUGCAGGAGCGCAACGCGGCCGAGGCCAAGGUGCUCGAGGAGGAGCUGCUGCGCGCCCAGAAGCAGUCCCACGAGCAGCUCAGCGCCGCCGAGGAGCGCAUCCAGCGCGACACCGAGCGCAUUCGCUUCCUCGAAAGCCAAGUCCAGGCUCUGGAGCACGAGGCGGAGAAGACGAAGGAGCAGCUGGUCAAGCUCCACGCGCUGGAGGAGGAGCUGACGGAGCUCAAGCGGAAGGUGGAGGAGGACAAGAAGGUGAAGAACAUCACCAAGGUCGAGCAGCAGGUCCAGGAGAAGAGCGAGGCCGUCAUGGACGAACUCGAAUUCGAGCUCGAAGAGGAAGAGGCCAACGCCCCCGAAGACGAUGCGAUCAACGUCAACAAGAAGGAGGACACACUGACGUACCAGGAGCUCUGCGAGCUGAGGCAGGAGCUGGAGCUGCGCCUGGACGAAGAGCAGGCCAACAACAACGAGCGGGAGCUCCGGUACAAGAAGGAGCUGGAGAAGCUCAGGCAGGAGCUGGAGAUGGAGCGCAAGGAGGUGAUCCGCCUCGAGGUGCAGCUCGACAAGGCCUCGGCCGCCAAGGAGGUCGACGUCGACAACGUGCGCCAGCAGAUGACCGAGAAGGUCGAGGUACUCAAGCAGGAGCUCAAGCAGGUCAAGGAGUCCGAGAAGAUCGCCGAGUCCCGCGUCAGAGAGCUCGAGGGCCAAACGGAGAAGCUGCAGCUGGAGAAGGCCAACGAGGUGCGCGAGGCCAAGCUCAGCCGCAAGGCCACCAACGACUACCGACUGAUCAUGGAAGUCGAGGAGCUCAUCCGCCAGCUCUACUUCCACCGCGGCGCCGCCAUCCAGUUCGACGAAAUCGAGGAGGAGCACCGCGAGAACGUCAAAUUUGUGGAGAUUGUCAACGACCUGCGCAAGCAGGUGGACCACGUAAUCGAGGACACGACGGACAACUACUACCGCGACCCCAUUCCCUCCGCGGCUAACGCGGACAACGUGCGGGACUACGUGCUCAAGCUGCGCAAGUUCCGCGAGGACGUCAAGCGCGAGCGCAACGACUUUGCGCGCGCGUGCAACAAGCUCGGCACCCAGUACGAGAACAAGUCCGUCCUCGAACAGGACGUCACGAGGUGGAAGGAGACGCUGCUCCGCAUCGUGCAGGAGGAGGAGGAGACGAUCACGCCCGACAACAAGCAGCUGCUGGAGGACAUGGAGGAGGUGAGGCGUCUGCUCAGGGACGACGACAGCCAGCGCGAUGAGGUGCGGGCCUACAGGAAGGACAAGGUCUUUGCCCGCCUCAACGUCGAAAAGAAGAUCGACGACCUCAGGAAGUUCAUCGUCGAAGAGCUCCACUUCAAUGAGAACAAGCGCCUGAGGGAUCUGUUGAUGGACCUCAAGGAUGCGAACAGGCGGCUGCAGGCGAGCACGUUCCGGUCGGUGAUGCACCAGACCUUCUACAUCAGCCGCGAGCAGAGGGCGCGCAUCGCCAAGGUGGUCGGCCUCAUGAUCCAGCACUUCCGCGUCCUGUUCAAGGAGCACGCGACGAGCACGGUGAACGAGCAGGUGCACCCGAUGGUGAGGCGUCCGAUUGGCUACCUCGAGAGGCGAGGCAUCCGCUCGAAGGACAUCCUGGGCGCUGUUCGCGUUCCGCCGGCCAACAAGGUCCAGGACCUCAAGGACGGGUUCUACUCUGGCGAGGCUAUGGACAUCCCGGAGGACACGGAUCCCUACGUGGUGGGCGAGCUGCUCAAGGAGUACUUCAGGGACCUCAAGAAGCCGCUGUGCACCUACAAGCGCUACGAGAGCUUCGAUCGCGUCAACGACAUGCCGUCCGCCAAGCAGCUCCGUGAGCUUCGCGCGUGCAUCGAUGACCUGCCCAAGGUCAGAAGGGCGACGUUGACGGUGCUGAUCGGGUUCCUGCACAAGGUGAAGGCCCUGUCGAACGUCAACGGCAUGCCGAGCGAGAAGCUGGCCGAGGUGUUUGGUCCGCUCCUGCUCCGGCCCCUCCAGGACAGAUGA